GUCUCCCUCUCUUUUCUUUUUUUUCGCAUUCUCGCUUCGCUCCCCUUUUAUCUACAUUAUCCGUACAUGCAUUUCGAUUACCAUCUUCGUCUUCCUUUUUUUCCUGUAAACAAUAAAAUGCCUGACCUUGCUAAUCUUUCUGCGCCCUCCCAUCUCUCUCUCGACGGUGGCCCUAACUCGAAACCACUCUCUCCUGAUCAAUCUGAGCUAAAUUCAGUCGAUGCUGCUGUCAACGAACCCGAUUUGGACCAGAAGAUGCCGUCCUCGAGCAACGGUGGCUGCAUUGAUGGAGUUAGGGUUUUUACGCGCAGGUGGCGCACACAGAAUGGGGCCAAGAUGAGGUCCGAUGAGAUGAGCUUGGAGAAUUAUGUGAAGGCUUGGAUCGACAAAAAGAAGGAAUCUGGGGUCCCUGAGUCCCGGUGCUUCCUUCCAUUUCUAGUGGGUGCAAAGAAAUCGGCUGAAUGUCUCAUUUGCCAUCGCUGUAUUUAUCCUGGAGAGGAGGUAUUGUGCGGGGUUCGAUCUUGCAAAGCAAUUUUCCACUUAUCAUGUGCCCAGCAAAAGCUCAGGGUCUCAAAUCUGAAAGACUUCAAGUGCCCACAACAUCUGUGCUUUAUUUGCAAUCAGCGACCACAAUGGCGAUGCAUACAAUGCACGCUAGCAUCACAUGAUAAGUGUGCUGCAUGGCCCAACAAAGUGAUUCAUUUGCAAAACCAACCAGGAAGAGCCCUUUGCUGGAGGCAUCCCAGUGAUUGGCGUCAAGAUGAGCAGCAUAUGGUUGCGUCGGCUGGCAUAGAGGAAGUAUUCUCUCGGUUGCCUGUUCCUUAUGUUGACGAGGAAUUCAAGAUUGAAUUGACCUGGAGAGAACUGACGGAGAAUAACGUGGGCCCAGCGCCAUAUGUGCACAUAAAGCGCAAUGUAUACAUGGUCAAGAAGAAGCGUGAUGCCUCUGAUGAUGGUAUUGGGUGCAUAAAUUGCACUUCUUUGUGCUCUAAGGAUUGCUUUUGCAGGGUUCAAUGCAUAAGCUGUUCAAAGUUCUGCCGCUGCUCGGAGACUUGCACCAAUAGACCAUUUCGCAGGGUGAAGAAAAUUAAAAUUGUCAAAACUGAACUCUGUGGUUGGGGAGUAGAGGCAGCUGAGCCCAUCGAUAAGGGAGAUUUCAUAAUCGAGUACAUUGGUGAAGUGAUUGAUGAUGCAUUAUGUGAAAAAAGGCUCUGGGACAUGAAAUACAAAGGAGUCCAGAAUUUUUACAUGUGUGAAAUCCGGAAGGACUUCACCAUUGACGCAACUUUCAAGGGGAACACAUCCCGCUUCCUCAAUCACAGUUGUGAUCCCAACUGCGUUCUGGAAAAGUGGCAAAUUGAUGGGGAGACGCGUGUAGGCGUGUUUGCUGCAAGAUCAAUAAAAGUUGGUGAAGCUUUGACCUAUGAUUACAGAUUUGUGCAGUUUGGGCCAGAGGUGAAGUGUCACUGUGGAGCUUCAAAUUGUCAAGGCUACCUGGGGACUAAAAGAAAGGCUGCGAAGUUUGAACUCUGCUGGGGUUCAAAGCGCAAAAGAACGCGAGCUUCUCUCUUAACUAUGAGGCAUGUCACGGGAAAGAAGUACAUAUGCAGGUGAAGAUUAUUUCUUCAAAAACCUCAUAGACCAACAAUCCUGAUGAGCCUCAUCUCUUCUUCAUUCCUAUUUCUUGUGCUACAUUGCGACCCAAGGUCUAUUGCUUUAAUCAGGACCGUCUGAUCACAAAUUCCUGAUCCCUCUUCAGUCUUCAGGCCCCCUUGUCUGCCCCACAAGAUGAGUAGUAGUAAGCAAGUAGCAGCAAUGUUUGACUAUUGACUAAGUAGCCAACACUAAAGUGUAGAGCAGGCCAGCAGCAGCUUAGCUAUGAAACCAGAAACCACUUAGGCUAUGAAAGACUGUUUGUGUAGGGUAACUCCAUGGUGGUCUCGAUAAAUUUUGCCUCGGUAUUAGUGUCUUUGGGUCAGGAGAGUCCAGCCACAUUGAAUUUAUUUAUUUGUCAUAAAGAUGAACUCAUGACCCAGAUGAGGCCUAUGUGUAGAGACUAGAGAGUGCAGUGACAGGGGGUAAUUGUGGGAUUUUGUGGAUUUAUGAAGGGUAGGCAAGGAAAUGAAAAGAGGACAGAGAUUGCUUGCGCAAAUCUAGCUAAUCUGGGCUUCUGGAGCAAGUAAGGUAAAUGAGAAGUUAAAAAGAGGUCGAAAUUUAUUAAAGCCAGAAAUACAAAUACCCAGAUGGUCCACACCACACCAUCCUCUCCAUUUCUUGCCUUAUUUUCUUGGCCUCCUUAUGUUUUGAGUCCAGUAGACACUCGAACACCCACAAAAGGGAAAGCCUUUCAUGUCCUGAACUCAUCCUCUUGUGACAUUCUCUUCUAUUAAUUGUGUUUCAUUCACUCUCCUCUCGUCUCUUUUUUUCUGGAUAGGAAAAGAGAAACCCAUUAAGGGCCCAUGUUUCCUCCUGCAACCCCACCACAAAUUUCUCUUCUUUCUGCAAUUUUAGAGGUGGGAAUUUCAAGAACCCAACUUUCCCUCAUUGUUGCUAUCUGAUGAUAGGCUUGUGGUUCUGCUGCUGUUGGUGGUGGUUGGGGCUUGGACAAGAUUGGUUGGGGAAUAUGGUGAAGGCUGUGGCUGCUCCAAUUUGGGAAAUCGAUUCCUAUACAUCUUUCUUCAUGAAGAAGGGUUUCUGGAGCUUGAUGGGUUGUAGAAGCUCAAUUUCUCAAGUACUGUCCCUGCAACAAGAUCUGUUCUUUCCGCUCUUCUGCUCCCUCUGCUUUUGGUAGCAAUGUUGGUGGUAAUGGUGGUGAUAUUGGCUGGACGGCUCAAUCUUAAUUUUGUUGUUGUGAUAUAAUUUUGUCUCAAUUUCUUGCUUAGUUUUUGUUUAUCUGGCUGAUAAUGUUCACAUGGAAUAGCAUUGUUUGGCAUCUUUUGGUUCAAUUUCGGUUUGUUCUUUAGAAAAGGCAAGAACUUGCACUAACCAUAGAGCAAUGGAAGUUUGGUGGGUGAGUAAAGUAUUCAAUUGUUUUGGAUGCAAACUUCAAUGGCCUCCCAACACUGACGCACUUAUCAAUUCAAAUCACUGUCAGUAUUUGCUUUCUGACCCUUUUGUUGUUUUUUAAUUUUCUUGGGAAAUGUGAGGUGGGUUGAUGGUUAUUGUUCAUAUCAUCAAUGUUAUAAUAUGUAUUGCAGCAUUUCCUUUCCUUCUGUUGUAUGCUACAUAUCCUUGAUGAUAUAAAGCUCUGGUUCUAUUCUCAUGGUGUGUUUUUGUCUUUCAAUGUCGUUGGCUGUUUGAAUAUCUGUUUAGGGAUUUUUCAUGUAUUAAGGGUUUGUUUGUUGUUGCUGUUGUGGGUGGUAAAGACUGACAAAGUGAGGUGACGGUGCCUGGUUUUGGGUCCGGGGAACACUGAACCUGCCGGGGGCUAGGGUCCGCUCUACAGUGGCUAGAUCUGUGGUUGGCCUCUACGACUUCAUUAAAUAAUGAAAAGACUAAGCAGGACAACACAAAGCCUGAGACAAGAAAGUUGAGCUUCUGCUGCUGACGAAAGGCCCCAUUAGUUCAUGGAAACGUCCAAUCACUCUGCACUCACGCUGUGAUCUUGGGUUUUUGCUAUGCACGUGAUUGUUUACUCUGUGAGAGGCUUUAGAUUACAUAAAAAUAUUUUCCUGGAAAGUUGGUGAGGAGGGUUGAUAGAAAGGAUCCGAAGUGCCUCUAGAAAUGGAAUUUCAUUUUGUUACUUUCUGGGUUUUUGUACACUUUUUUUUUUCCAACUUUUGCUUUUGGCCUCUCCAUAGGACCAUAGCAGCAGCUUUUCGUCCUUGGCUGAAGAAAAUUUGUUCU